CGCAUAUGACACUGGUUCUAUAGGCAACGGGAAGAGGGUUUUACAGAGAACCAGGGUUUUCAAACCCUAGAGAGAGAAACAAAAGAGUUAACGAAAAUGGAAGGAGCUUCAUACCAGAGAUUCCCCAAGGUGAAAAUCCGUGAACUGAAAGAUGACUACGCCAAAUUUGAGCUCCGGGAAACCGACGCCAGCGUGGCCAAUGCACUCCGCCGUGUCAUGAUUGCCGAGGUUCCGACCAUCGCCAUCGAUCUUGUUGAAAUCGAAGUCAACUCUUCUGUUCUCAAUGACGAGUUCAUCGCACAUCGUCUUGGCCUUAUCCCGCUAACAAGCGAGCGUGCCAUGAGCAUGCGCUUCUCCCGCGACUGCGAUGCCUGUGACGGUGAUGGCCAAUGCGAGUUCUGUUCUGUUGAGUUUCAUCUGAGAGCUAAGUGUAUAAAUGAUCAAACCCUAGAUGUUACGAGUAAAGAUCUUUACAGCUCUGACCAUACCGUUGUGCCUGUUGAUUUCUCCGAUACCAGCUCUGGCUUCGAAAAUCCUGAAGAUCAGAGGGGGAUCACAAUUGUAAAACUUAGAAAAGGGCAAGAACUGAGGCUAAGGGCAAUAGCUAGAAAGGGAAUUGGAAAAGAUCAUGCAAAAUGGUCACCUGCUGCAACUGUAACUUUCAUGUAUGAGCCUGAAAUCCACAUCAAUGAAGAAAUGAUGGAAACUUUAUCACUUGAGGAAAAAACAAGUGUUGUUGAAAGCAGCCCCACAAAAGUCUUUGGCAUAAAUCCCCACACACAACAGGUGGAGGUGGUGGAUCCUGAAGCAUACACGUAUGAUGAUGAGGUGUUGAAGAAAGUGGAAGCCAUGGGGAAACCAGGGCUUGUUGAGAUUUAUGCAAAAGAAGAUAGUUUUAUAUUUACAGUGGAGUCAACGGGUGCAGUCAAAGCAUCUCAAUUGGUGUUGAAUGCCAUUGAAGUUCUGAAGCAGAAGCUUGAUGCGGUUCGUUUGUCUGAAGAUACGGUUGAAGCUGAUGACCAGUUUGGUGAAUUGGGUGCUCAUAUGCGAGGAGGAUAGGAUUAGGAUAUGACUUCUGUCCAUUCUGUUUAAAAUGACUAAAUUGCCCUUGCUUUUUUCUCUUUAUUUGGAAUUUGGAAUAUGAUGUUUUCUGUUAAAAGAUCCAAGGGGGUAUUAGUAGUUUAA